AACAACGUCGAUCGAGAUCUACAAUAUGCAAUAAGAGUUGAGGGUAAGAUGGAUUUGGAAGCAGUCUCUAAUUAUGAUGAGGUGAAGAAUGAAAUAAUGGGAAAGCUUAUCAGGUUGAAAGAUGAACCUAUCCGUGAAGAAUGUCCUCUCAUUUAUCAUUUAGAUGUAGCUGCUAUGUAUCCAAAUAUUAUUUUGACAAACAGGCUUCAGCCACCAUCAAUAGUCACAGAUGAGGUAUGCACUGCAUGUGAUUUCAAUCGUCCAGGCAAGACCUGUCUCCGGAAACUUGAAUGGGUUUGGCGUGGAGAGAUAUUCAUGGCUAAGAAAAGUGACUAUUACCACUUGAAGAAACAAAUUGAGUCUGAAUUUGUUGAUGGGACUGAUGGACAGUUGCCAAAAUCUUUUCUUGACCUUCCAAAACCAGAGCAACAGUCCAGGCUCAAAGAUCGUUUAAAGAAAUACUGUCAGAAGGUCUACAAGAGAGUAAUUGACAAGCCAGUCACUGAAGUACGAGAAGCGGGGAUCUGCAUGCGUGAAAACCCAUUUUAUGUUGACACUGUUCGCAGCUUUCGAGAUAGAAGAUAUGAAUACAAAGGACUUAAUAAGGUUUGGAAGGGAAAGUUGUCUGAAGCCAAGGCCAGUGGAAAUCCUAUGAAGAUCCAGGAAGCACAAGAUAUGGUUGUGCUUUAUGAUUCUUUGCAACUGGCUCAUAAGUGUAUACUUAACUCCUUCUAUGGAUAUGUCAUGCGCAAGGGUGCAAGAUGGUACUCAAUGGAAAUGGCUGGAGUUGUUACCUAUACUGGUGCCAAAAUAAUUCAAAAUGCUCGUUUGCUUGUUGAAAAAAUUGGAAAACCACUUGAAUUGGACACUGAUGGUAUCUGGUGUGCCCUCCCUGGAUCUUUUCCAGAAAACUUUACUUUCAAAACAAAAGACAUGAAGAAGAAGCUGACAAUCUCCUAUCCUUGUGUUAUGCUCAAUGUUGAUGUAGCAAGAAAUAAUACAAAUGAUCAAUACCAGACACUCAUAGAUCCUGUCAAUAAAAUUUAUGCAACUCAUAGUGAAUGCUCAAUUGAGUUUGAAGUUGAUGGACCAUACAAGGCAAUGAUUCUUCCAGCUUCUAAGGAAGAAGGAAUUUUAAUUAAGAAGCGAUAUGCUGUUUUUAAUGAUGAUGGAACGCUUGCAGAACUUAAAGGUUUUGAGAUAAAACGCAGAGGUGAAUUAAAACUCAUUAAAGUUUUCCAGGCUGAAGUUUUUGAUAAGUUUCUUCAUGGAACAACCUUAGAAGAAUGCUACUCAGCAGUUGCUGCUGUUGCAAAUCGCUGGCUUGAUCUUCUUGAUAACCAAGGGAAGGAUAUUGCGGAUAGUGAGUUAUUGGAUUACAUAUCUGAAUCCAGCACAAUGAGCAAGUCUUUAUCUGAUUAUGGUGAACAGAAGUCUUGUGCAGUGACCACUGCAAGACGUCUUGCUGAUUUUCUUGGUGAUGCAAUGGUUAAAGAUAAAGGACUACGCUGUCAGUAUAUAGUGGCAUGUGAACCAAAGGGUACCCCUGUUAGUGAGCGUGCUAUUCCUGUUCCAAUUUUUGAAACUGAUGCAGAAUUAAUGAAGUUCUAUCUGCGGAAAUGGUGCAGAACCUCUUUAGAUGUCAGCAUUCGUUCCAUUGUUGACUGGUCAUAUUACAAGCAACGGCUUAGUUCAGCAAUUCAGAAAAUUAUCACUAUUCCAGCUGCAAUGCAAAAGGUUGGUAAUCCUGUCCCUCGAGUGGUUCAUCCUGAAUGGCUGCAUAAAAAGGUUCGUGAGAAGGAAGACAAAUUUCGUCAGUGGAAGUUAGUUGAUAUCUUUAACUCAUCAGUCAGAGAUAAUUUGUUGAAGAAGACUACUAUUGAUAUUACAACCAAUAUUGUUGAUGAUCUAGAAGACUUCCAAAACAAAAGCAGAAAUUCUAAGGCAGGGCCUAGACCUAUAGUCCGUUGUUAUGAAGUUAGUAAUGAUCAAGAUUCGGGUAAGACAACUGACCAAGCCUGCUGUUUACAAGCUCAAGCUGAUCAUAGAGGAAAUGCCCACCAAGAGUCUUCACCAUUGCAACAAAAUGUUCUUUCCACUGAGAAUGUUGACAGAAAUGUUGAUUACCAAGGAUGGCUUGAAAUCAAGAAAAGAAAAUGGAAAGAAACUCUAGAAAUGAGAAAGAGGCAAAGGUUUAACAAUCUAAGGACUUCCAAUCUUUCUAGUCAACAUUCUGAGCCACUGGGAGAUGUGAACCAUAGAGGUACCCGGGGAAGGACUGGUGUUGGUUCAUAUUUUAGGAAUCAUGAAGUUUCUCUUACAAGUUCCCAUUGGCAGAUAAUACAGCUAAUUCCAAGUUCACAGAAUGGCCAAUUUUUUGCUUGGAUUGUUGCUGAAGGAAUUAUGUUUAAAAUUCCUAUAACUGUUCCAAGAGUUUUUUACCUUAACUCUAAAGGACCUAUAUCAGAAGAUUUUCCUGGAAGGCGAGUAAACAAGACUCUUCCGCAUGGAAAGCGGAGCUAUAAUCUAAUUGAGGUUAUAAUUGAUGAAGAUCAAUUUAAGAAAGAGGGGAAAAAACUUGCUGCUCUCCUUGCAGAUCCUGAAAUAGAGGGAAUAUAUGAAAUGAAGGUUCCAUUGCAUUUCGAUGCUAUUCUUCAGAUUGGUUGUGUUUGUAAAGUGGACAAAACAGCUAUAAAACGAAAUGCACAAGACGGAUGGAGUUUGAGUGAAUUACAAAUGAAAACAACAACAGAAUGUUCUUAUCUAGAGCAGUCAAUCUCAUUCUUUUACUUAUAUCACAGUAUUUGUGAGGGGCGGGCUAUAUAUGCUGGUUACUUUUCUUCGUCAAGAAAACUGUCUCUGGUGGUAGUGAAUCCUCAUCAUGAAAAUGAAAUUAUAUCUCCUAACAUCCUUGAGAAAUAUUUCCGUGAAGCAUGCCAAGCCUUGUCUUGUGAACUGCCUCCUCGAAAUGGAAUUGUUUGCAAGGUGCACUAUGUGGACUAUGUCAAGGAUGCUGAAAAAAUUUUACAAAGAGCUAUAAGUGAUCACAGAUCUGAACAUAAUGGACCUACAGUGGCUGUCAUUGAAUGCCCAAACAUUCAUCUGAUCAAGUCAGGUAUAAGAGUUCUUGAGGAUUUCCCAUGUGUGAGCAUACCUUCCAAUGCUCGUGAUAAUGAUUAUCAGUUGCUUGUGUGGCAACAAACAGCAACAAAAAUUGGAAUGCAGCGGUGUGCUGCAUCAUCUCAAUGGUUGAAUGAGAGGAUAUCUCUUGCGAGAUAUGCACAUGUACCUUUGGGGAACUUUGAAGUUGACUGGCUAUUGUUCAUAGCAGAUGUCUUCUUUUCUAGAGCAUUACAUGAUCAACAACAGGUACUUUGGGUAUCUGAUGAUGGUGUUCCUGACCUAGGAGGCACCAGUGAAGAAGAUUCAUGUUUUGCUGAUGAGGUCCAUCAGCCUGUAAUUACAUACCCUGGAGCAUAUAGACGAGUUUCAGUGGAGCUAAAGAUUCAUCACCUAGCUGUGGAUGCUCUUCUCAAAUGCAACCAAGUAAAUGAAAUAGAAGGGGGAGCUUUGUUAGGAUUUGAGCGGGACAUGAUGUCUGAAGGAAAUGAGCUGUGUGGCUUUGAUGAAGCUACCUCAUUUGCACCUGCAUUUCGUGUCCUCAAACAACUGAUGCAGAGGUGCCUUGCAGAUGCGGUAACCUCAGGAAAUGUAUUUGCUGAUGCGGUACUGCAGCAUCUUUAUAGAUGGCUUUGCAGCCCUCAGUCAAAACUUCAUGAUCCAGCUCUUCACCGUAUGCUUCAGAAGAUCAUGCAAAAAGUUUUUGCAUUACUUUUGGCUGAAUUGCGUAAGUUGGGAGCCACAAUUAUAUUUGCAGACUUCUCUAAGGUUAUUGUCGAUACUGGAAAAUAUGAUAUAUCAGCAGCCAAAGCUUAUUGUGAUAGCUUACUCAAAGCUCUGCAGAGUAGAGAACUAUUUGAAUGGAUUGAGCUCGAACCAAUGCACUUCUGGCAUUCCUUGCUAUUCAUGGAUCAGUAUAACUAUGGUGGAAUCCUAGCUGGAGCUGAUGAAAAUUCAAAUAAAUCAGAAGUUGACAUUGUUUCAAACUGGAUUAUCGCCCAGCAUUUACCAGAGAAAAUUCAGGACCAUUUCGUUUUAAUUGUGUCUGAGUUUUUGCAUAUUCCCUGGAAAUAUGCACAAGAGCUUGCUGUAAACAGAAAAUCUUCGGGAGAUGGCAAUAAAUGUACUCCAUCAGUAACUGUUACAACAGCAGAGACUAUUGAAGCUCAGCUUCUGAAAUAUCUCAAAGAGCAGAUAAGCUCCUACUUCAUGGAGAAACUUUUGGGAAUUGUUCGUGAUAUUGUUCUUCAUAUGAAGAGAACAAACAAUUCUGAAAAUGAUCAGCAAAGCUCGCAUGGAAAUUCUCCACCUGUCAUUAAUGUCCACAUGGGAGAUACUGCUCUGGAGUUCAUUAAGCACAUAUGUGCUGUACUGGCCCUUGACCAUAAUGUUCAGCACAACGUUCUGGUGCUAAGAAGGAAUCUUUUGAAAUAUGUACGUGUAAGGGAAUUUGCUCCAGAAGCUGAAUUUCAUGGUCCAUACCCAUCAUUCAUUUUACCCAAUGUGAUUUGCAGCUACUGCAAUGACUGCAGGGACCUGGACUUAUGCCGUGAUUCAGCUUUAUUAGCUGAGGAAUGGUGCUGUUCUGUGCCACAGUGUGGCCAGCCCUAUGACCGUGAGAUAUUGGAGAAUGCUCUUCUUCAAGUUGUUAGACAAAGAGAACGUCUCUACCAUCUACAGGAUCUGGUGUGCUGCAGGUGCAACCAGGUGAAAGCUGCACAUUUAGCAGAACAGUGUGCAUGUGCUGGCUCAUUUAGGUGUAAAGAAGAUGCAUCUGAAUUCCGCAGCAAGAUGCAGGUGUUCUUGAAAAUAGCCAUCCAGAAAAAGUUUGAACUUCUCAGGGAUAUUACCUCAUGGAUUUUAGAAGUUCAAUAGCAGCCAGACCUGAUUAAGUAUCAAGCUUGUAAUAAUUGCACUCCAUUACACUGUCUAGGGACAAGCUCUGACAAGAGUGAGAUACGCAACUGGGAAGGGUAGAGUUUACCUUUGCUCUUCCUCUGUAUUGGUUCAAAUGAGUUACCAUGAUCUGCACUAAUUAAAAUGUGCCAAGGUGCUGGAAGUCUGAAAAUCUAGACUGCAAGUAGGCAAAUGUGAAGGAAUUUGAGGCUCUCAUCAUUUAUGUGGAUUCUUGAGUAGCAUUGAGUUUUUCGAAGGCGAGAAUGGAUAGGAAGCAUUUUUAUGGUGAGAAUACAAGGGCAAAUCAUUCAUUUCAUGUCAAGUUCAACUCAGUUUAGAAGCAUAUGAUUCAAGAGCUUGGGAAACUCUACUUCGUCCUUCCAUCUCUUAUAUUACAUGACACUGUUGAUCGGGAUGGAGAAGCUUUUCAUUUUUUUUUUUUUAAUGUAUAUGGAAAGUGAAAAUGUAAAUAUAUGUAUAUUCCUAGUUGCUAUAUUCAGAUGUGUUAUGGCAUUACAUAUUUAUCAACACCAGCAUUGAACGGGUGAUUCAUGUUUUGUCCCGGUGUCCUACUCUGCUUUUUAUUUCAUCUAUUAUAUAGAUUAUGGCUGCCGAAAUAUCGUAGGGGAGUUACAGUUAUCA